AUGGAGCCUCAGAAAAAGGAGGAACCCAACUUCACACCAGAAGAUGCUGUUCUGGCAUCUGUUGGCAUCGUGAAGUGCAGCCCCGAGCACGGGCUGCAGGUGUCGGAGAGCAUGGCCCUGGCCCUGGAGGAGCUGAUCCAAGCGUGCUGCGCGGAAGACGAAGGUGUCCCUGUGGUUCUGGUGUGUGGCCCAAAAAACACUGGGAAAUCAACAUUUAAUAGAUACUUGAUUAAUCUGUUACUGAAUCGCCUUCCCUCGGUUGAAUACAUGGAAUGUGACAUAGGUCAAACGGAAUUUACGCCUCCUGGGUGCGUGUCUCUAAGUAACGUAACGGAGCCAAUUCUUGGUCCACCCUUCACUCAUCAACAAACACCACGUAAGAUGGUGUAUUAUGGACAGACUAGUUGUGAGCAGGACACAGAAAGAUACCUUGAUGUUGUGAAGUAUGUGUUCAGCUCCUACAAGAAGGAAGUGCCUUUAGUCAUCAACACCAUGGGCUGGGUGAAAGGUGAGGGCUUGCUGCUUCUGAUUGAUAUCAUUCGGCUGUUGUCACCCAGUCACAUUGUGCAGAUGGAUGUGUAUGAGUGGAAAGCCAUGGCCCCGCUCACCCCAGAGCACGUUCACCUCACUGCUGGCCUGUACACCAAAGGCAAACAGCAAGGCAAGCACAAGCAGAUGGGUGUGGGUGGAGCAGAGAACUGGAAGUCCUCUGAAGAGGAGGGAGAUGCCUCAGCUCCUGAGUACAAGCUGCUCUAUGUCCACCCGGAAUUCCCCCGAGCAGGGGUUGCAGGUGAAGUGCGAGUGCACAGUAGCAUCCUGCGUGACAUGUCCAUCCUGGGCUACCUGGGCCAGCUGCAGUCCCCAGACAUAGGGGCAGUGAUUCCGCUGCACAGUCUUGUGCCCUAUCAGGUGCCUUUCAGUGCUGUAGCACUUAGGGUUAUCCACACAGAUGUUGCUCCUUCCAACAUCAUGUAUGCAGUGAAUGCCAGCUGGGUUGGGCUCUGCAGGAUUCCCGAUGAAAUCAGAUGCCAGACGGAUGGGCCGGUCCUGCUGACACAGACACCGGUCUGUGAUUGCCUCGGCUUUGGAAUUGUCCGAGGGGUUGAGAUGGAGAAGAAGCUUUACCACAUUCUGACACCAGUGCCUCCGGAGAACCUGAGAGUAGUGAAUUGUCUGCUCCUUGGAAAUAUUGCUAUCCCAAACUGUGUUCUUGUGGGCCAGCAAGGAGUUGAGGGAGAGAUCCCCUAUGUCACAUCUGAUUAUAACUACAGCAUCUUGGGGUCUGGGAAGCUGAAAAAGAAGAAGCAAUCCAAGAGAAGGCAGUACACCUUCGAGUGUGAUUAUGCCUAAGACCUCGGGGCCUUGGACCACGGGAUUUGUCUCAUGUGGAGACUGGCACAGGCCAGGUGUGGUCACAGAAGCCCUGGGUACGACAGCUCAGAGAGACCCUGGGCAGGUGUCUGGUGUACAUACUGGAGCACGUC